AUGGCAGCCAGCAGGAGGCUGAUGAAGGAGCUUGAAGAAAUCUGCAAAUUAAUUAGUGCUGAAAACUGGAAGCCAGCAAGCAAAACUGACCAAGUAAUCCAGUCUGUCAUAGCACUGGUGAACGACCCCAAACCCGAGCACCCACUUCGGGUUGACCUAGCUGAAGAAUACUCUAAAGACCAUAAAAACUUCUGUAAGAAUUUAAUAACAUUGAUUAAAUGGCAACCUGAUAUCUAUGGUCUGUGA